AAGAAAAAAAAAGGAGUUGAAAUAGAACUGCGGUUCGUCUACAAGAGAAACUAGGGUUUAAAGGCAGUGUCUCCGCCAUGAAAACACGGCGGCAGGACGUCUCCGAGGAUGCUCUAACCAUUUCACGGCAGUCAUCAACCUCAAUUGAUAGAAGAGAAAACUCAGAGGCGAUCCCAACUGAUCUCAUUUUCGAAAUACUCUUGAAAUUGCCGGCGAAAUCUAUAGCUAGAUGUCGCUGCGUAUCAAAGCUCUGGUCUUCCAUACUUCUCCGUCCCGAUUUCACAGAGCUAUUCUUGACCAGAUCUUCAACUCUCCCGCAACUCUUGUUCUCCUUCGAAAAAACCGGUGAGUUGUUCUUCUUCACGGCACCGCAAAUCCAAAAUCCAGAUGAGAACUCGUCUCUUGUAUCCCCGAGUUAUCAUAUGAAGGUCCCCUUUGAUCGUACCUCUCAAAUUUGUGGUCAUAUCCGUGGAUUGCUCUGUCUUACACAUCUACGGGUCCUAAAGGGAAGGAAGGAAACAGUACCAAUGAUAUGCAAUCCCAGCACUGGACAAGCCUUACCUUUACCCAAAGUGAAGACUAGGAGGGUUAAAGUGAGAAGCUUUUUGGUUUAUGAUCCGAUUGAGAAGCAGUUUAAGGUAUUGUCCAUGACCUGGCCAUGUUAUGGAAACGGAGAGAAGAAUUGUGAGGAGUACCAGAUUCUGACAUUAGGGACUCAAACUCUUUCAUGGAGGAUGAUUGAUUGUUGUUUACCCCAUCAUCCUGCACAUGAUGGGAUAUGCAUUGAUGGUUGUUUGUAUUAUCAAGCUAUGGUCGGUCCAUUGUCAGGGAUUUCUACUAUAGUUUGCUUUGAUGUUAGGUCUGAGAAGUUUAGUUUUGUUAAGAAAGCCAGGGGCAUGGUGUUGUAUGGUCAAUCAGCUCUGGUAAACUAUGAGGGUAGGUUAGGUGCAAUUCAGUCAGAUGAGCUUCAUGGAAUAAUUACUGGCCAAACUAGAAGUCUUGAGUUGUGGGUUCUAGUAGACGCUGAGAAACAUGAAUGGUCAAGGCAUGUAUAUGCAUUGCCUCCAAUGUGGAAGAAUGUUGUUGCAGAGGCUGAGUUAAACAUUGUUGGAAGGACUAGUACAAAUGAAAUUGUCUUAUCGCGGCAUUAUUCAUCUGUACUUUCUAUGUUUUCUACUACAAUCCCGAGAGGAACACAAUCAUAAGAGUUGAUAUCCAAGGAACGGAUGAGUUUAAGGGUCGUAGAGUUCACACCUUUCUAGACCAUGUGGAGGACGUGAAGCUUCUGCAUUAUAACUUGUGAUUGAAACAGAUCAUGGGCUUUCUAAUGUACGUCUUUCUUGGACACUAUUUAUUCCUUUUGUUGUAGUGGUUCAUACAUUGAGGAAUGGUUGUUCUAAAGUAAGUUUUAGCUGUUUAUACUCAUCUUUUCAGUAGUAAGCCACUUUGUGACUUGUGUAUUGAUGAGUUCUAUGUUAGUCAUCCAUUUGUUAGAACCACAUUUAGGGCCUCUCCAUCUCUCGCAUGUCCCUUUUUCUUUUAUGUAAUAAUAUAUAUGUUUUGCUACUUGAGUAAGAUCAUUGUAGUUACUUUCA